UGGGGCGGGGACUUUUGAAAAUAAGAUUGCAACAUCGGCACAUGCAACUUGUUGUUUCGUUCUCAAUAAUGGUCGAACUUACGUCCUUCAUUUAGAUGAAUUCAUUAUCAUUAAAAUGAAUAUGCAUUUAAUAUGACCAAAUGCCACGAGGUGUAACAACAACAAGAGUCAGGCGACGUCAAAGUGAUGCAAAAUGGAGGGCAAGUGUUGCUAUGUGUUACAACAUUAUGAAAAAUGUAAUACCAAACCAGAAAAAACUUGGUCGGCGCAAAGUGUCAAAGGCUCUAACAUUGAAAGAGACAGAGCGUCAUAUAGCCAACUUGGAGAGGAAGUUGAGGGAACUGAUUGAGGAGAGAGCACCCAUGUGUGGAAAGACAAUAAUGUUAGAAAAAGAAGAUAAAUGUCUAACUCCAGCAAGCUUUGAUGAUGUGAAACAAGAUUUUGCUACAAAACAGCAUGCUCUAUUUAUGUGUACGACAACUGGUGGGAAGAAGAGGUACAAUGUGCCGUCGGACAUUGAAGCCAGCUUGGAACAGCUGAGUCAGCAGUCAUGUGACCUCAUCGCUGUGGAUCGUAAAGAAGUGGAAACAUCCUUUCCUGAUCUGCUUAAAG